AUGGGCAAAGAUCAAGUGAAUUACAGGGCUACCCGCAAUCAUAGCCUUGGUUCACGCCAAGUGGAGAAGUCCAUCGGGAUUACCACUCUGCGCUCUACUACUGACUAUGAGCGGGAUCCACGCCCCAUGGCGCUCAUGAAAUGGUCCUUGGAUGAUUUUAUCGUGCAGGAGACAUUCACGUGGAUGGACUCUCAGACGGAUACCGGCUUGGCAUCCUCCUCGCCGUCCCCUGACGCGGAUGGGCGCGGGACGCUUCUGGUGAAGGUCUUGAGCGAAGGGGUGCCCGACGCGGUCAUCGCGGGCCUGAUCCGCCGUCGCUGCCCCCGCGGCGUCUCGUUUCACUUCCUCAGCCCGCUCGACUUCGGGGCCUGUGCGGUUCGUCACGUUUGGCUCCGCGGCGACGGCGCGGGGCUUCGCCGGGGCUUUGCCGCCCCGCAGCUCCUCCACACCCCCGCCGGGGAAGUCCGGCUCGCCGCGGCCUUCCCUGUCCCCGUCCCGGCCACGGCGGGGUCCUUUCCUUUGCGGCUGCUGCCGGACCUCCGCUACACCGUCGUCCUGCGCGACCUGCGCGGGUGCCUGCAGGACGUCCUGCCGGGGCUGCGGGGGCUGGCCCAAGGGGGGUUCACGAACUACGGCCACCUGGCCCGGCACGGCCUUGGCACGCGCCAGACCUACCACGCCGCGCGGUGCCUGCUGGAGCGGGAUUACGUCGGUUUCCUCCAGUGCUACGUCCGGGGCCUCGCCGAGGGCACCCCGGGCGUCCGGCGGGAGAUGCCCGCGCUGCUCGACGCCCUCGCCAACCCCCGCGCGACGCCACGGGAGUGGCGCGGGGUCUCGGACGGCAUCCACACGGGGCUGCGCCAGGACCGCGAGACGAUGCGGCUCCCGCGAACCGGGCUUUACGCCCCUCACCACGAUCUGCUAGGGGACUUCGUCAUGCGCGCGGCGGAUGUCGCGCCGCGGCAUAACGACUCCGCGCAGGUCAUUCGCGAGUCCUUGAGCCGUGCUUUUCUGCACGAAACCAUGCGAACGGUCUCGGAGGUCCAUUUUAACGCCUUGGCAUCGCUGCGGCGAGAGCGCUUCGGGGAUCGCGUCGCCGUGGGGGAUAUUGUCGUUCAGCCCGAUGAUGAUCGCGGCGAAGCUGGGGACCGUGUGAACGGUACAGGGAGUAACUCCACGAAGGGACAGGCGCCUUCCGAUUCGCAACGUUGGGGCCUUUCCACCUUCCGUGGGGACGUUUAUGAAGGGGCGGCCGAUCAUAUCAAUGCCGACAUUCUCUCCCCUUACCUACACCCGGACUGGGUUGACUUUGCCUCGCACGAUCGUCGCGAUGGAAAUGGGGAUCGCGGUGUGGACGAUGGGGUUGAAGCAGAGACUGAGCUACAACAGUGGUAUCGACGACUCAGGGUUGUUCGCACCCAAGCGGAGGCGGAUUCGUGCAGUAUCUCGCAGGUUGUACUUCCUCUUUGGGGACAACAGGUCGAUUCACUUCCGGUGCUCCCGGAGAAUGCGAUCGGGGAGAUUUUUCGGCCAUUGGCACGCGAAUUGGAAAUUGAGGGUCUUGACUGCAUGAAAACUGCCUCGAUGGCUUCCUAUCGACACUUCGUUGCAAGGCCGAGAAAUAUGGGUGCUUAUAUAUUCGACGCCCAGCGUGGAUGGGAUUGGGUUGAGGGCGGCCCUUAUGGUGAGUCCUUAAAAGAGAGAAUGUAUCAGGAUCAAGAUGGGAUCUAUCGGGUUAGAUCCCCAUUGAUGGAGGCGACCUCAAAAAACAUGAUAGCCAGGAGCGGCAUCCGUGAUAGGGAUGCGCGCAAAUUUUUCCUCAAGCCGGCACAAAAGCAAAACAUCACUUGUGUUGUGGAAUUCACGUUGCCCCGCGGCUCCACAGUGACGUCGGCGCUGAGGGAAGUAUUCCAGUUCACAACCCUCUCUCCUUCUGCGAUCUUCAACUUAUUACUGAAAAAAUGA